GUUUUUAUCAAGGACAGCGUGUGCUAAGUGUUUGUUACACAAGUUGUGGUUCUUUGAUGCAAUACCUUUUGAACAUGUAAAGACUUGUUUUGUAGAAUAUAAUAUAAUGACGUUUGAAAUGUUACUUAGUCACUUGCACUCAGUCAGUAGUCGUUUUGGUAUAAGCUAAACAACACAGGUCAUCAAUCAUGGUAAAAAGACAGUUGGAUGUUUCAAAUGAUAUCCCAAAUGGUCAUCCAGAAGUAUCGAAAUAUGUGUUUGAAGAUGUGGAUUUGUAUGGCGAAAAUGAAGAGAAAAAUAAGAAUGUCUCCAAAGAGAACAAAGAAAGUGGACCACCACCAGUUUCAUUCUUAAGUCUUUUUCAAUAUGCCUCAAGACGAGACAAAAUUUUGAUUGCUAUUGGAUGCUUGGCUCCACUGCUCUCAGGAGGUUCAAUGCCAGCUAUUGUUGUGCUUUUAGGAGACCUAUUGGAUACUUUUGUAUUAUACAGUCAAAACCCAAAAAAUGAUGAAAUAUACAAAAAUUCUUCUAAUGCAACACCUUUCUCUGUUUUUAAUAUGGCAGAGGAAGAUGCUAUUAUGCAAGGGUUUCUUUCUGAGAUUAGGAAAUUUGGACUAGGCAUGGCCCUAAUUGGUGUAAUUGUACUUUUUCUAAAUUAUAUUAUGGUCACUUGUCUGAGUGUUUCAGCUGAAAACCAAGCUUUUCGAAUCCGCCACUAUUUCAUGAAGGCUGUUGUUCGCCAAGAUUUGGCAUGGUUUGAUACUCAUCAGACUGGUGAUUUUGCCAGUAGAGCGACUACAGAUCUAAACAGAAUUCAAGAUGGUAUUGGUGAAAAAAUAGGAAUGUGUGUCUUCUUCAUGUCAACAACUAUAGUCAGUUUCGUUGUUGCAUUAGUGUAUGGCUGGAAAUUAACAUUGGUCAUUCUUUCUGUCAUGCCAAUUCUUGUAAUAUCUGGUGGAGUUCUGGCAAAAGUCCAAGCCACACUAUCAGCAAAUGAGUUAACAGCUUAUGGGAGUGCUGGUGCUGUAGCUGAAGAAGUGUUAUCAUCAAUAAGAACUGUAGUUGCAUUUGGAGGAGAAAGAAAAGAGAUUGAAAGGUAUGAAAAAAACUUAGUCCAAGCACGAAAAAAUGGAAUAAAGAGAAGCCUGGUGACAAGUAUUGGAGCUUCUAUGGUGUGGCUGUGUAUAUAUGGAAGUUAUGCUUUAGCAUUCUGGUAUGGUGUCAAAUUAAUCAUAGAGUCUCGUGAAGCUGGAAACAAUGAAUAUGUCCCAAGUACUCUGAUUAUUGUAUUUUUUAAUGUCUUAAUGGGAGCAAUGAACAUGGGACAGGCAUCACCAUAUCUUGAAGCUUUUGCAAUAGCAAGAGGAGCAGCUGGAAUGAUCUUUGAGAUCAUAGAACGAAUUCCACUUAUUGAUAGUAGUUCAGAAACUGGUGAAAAACCUGCAACUCUAGAGGGAAAUGUGGAAUUUCAUAAUGUUCAUUUUUCAUAUCCAGCUAGACCCGAUGUUCCUGUUCUUCAAGGGUUAGGUUUUGAAGUGAAAUCAGGUGAAACUGUUGCACUAGUUGGAGCCAGUGGAUGUGGAAAAAGUACAGUCGUUCAGCUUAUACAGCGAUUUUAUGAUCCAAAAGAAGGUCAG